AUGUCAGUCAGAUUAAUAAAAUCAUUUGUUUGUACCUUGAGACAAAAUCUGCCGCGACAUCCUAUGCUUAGAGCAGGUCAACAAGUAAGGACAAUCACAGUUAUGGAGACAGCUGCUGAAACAGUGAAGGAUGAAAAUAUUGUUCAAGAUAAAAACUCUACACGUUAUAAAAAACGGUUCAUGAAACGCCAGUGGGAAGAUAGCAAUCAGGGUAAAAAGGAGAAUGGAGAGACUGAAGAGAAGAAACUUUGUGAGAAACCUACAGAACGGAUAAAGAGGAAAAAAAUGGCUAUGCUGCUAGGAUACUGUGGUGUAGAUUAUUAUGGCAUGCAACGGAAUCCAGGUGUAAGAACAAUAGAAGAAGACCUGCUAAAAGCACUAUGGGAAGCAAAGUAUAUAACAGAGGAAGAUUUCAAUAAUCAACAAAAUGCACAGUUCCAGAGAAGUUCGAGAACUGACAAAGGAGUUUCCGCAGCACGGCAAGUUGUAUCCCUUAAAUUACCUUUGGAAAUAGACAUAGAAGAAAUCAAUAAAAGAUUACCCGAGUGCAUAAAAGUGUUUGGUGUGAAAAGAGUGACUAAUAAGUUUAAUUCUAAGAUUAAAUGCAAUGCUAGGACAUAUAGUUACACUCUUCCUACAUAUGUUUUUGAGCCUAGUCUAUCUACAGAGGAAGACAGAAAGUUAUAUAGGAUAACAGAAGAAAAAUUGAAAAAAGUCACAGAUGUGUUAGCUGUAUAUAAAGGAACUAAAAGUUAUCAUAAUUUUACAGAGAAAAAACAUUACCAAGAUCCAUCAGCAUCCAGGUAUAUGAUGGGCUUCACUUUAGAUAGAGUUUUUGUUGAUUCAGAAUGGGAGUUUGCAGAGUUGUUAGUAAAGGGUCAAAGUUUUAUGCUACACCAAAUCAGGAAGAUGGUCGGUCUAAUGAUAGCAAUUGUUCGAGGUCAUACGGAUUUGUCCACAUUAGAGAAGGCAUUUGGUAAAGAUAAGGUGAUGAUUCCUACUGCCCCUGGUCUCGGCUUGGUUCUGGAUAAGGUACACUAUGAGAGAUACGACGCUCGAUACAAAGACAGCCACGACAGUCUCACCUGGGAGGCGCAAGAAGAGUUGGUUCAAAAGUUCAAGAAGGAAAAAAUCAAUCCCAAUAUAGUGAAGGGAGAAAUUGAAGGGAACUCAAUGGGCUUAUGGCUGGAAAAGCUCAGUAUGCAUAGCUAUGAGCCUUCCGAAGAUGUGCCCGUCGAAAAAGAGACAGAAAAUGGGGAGAAAGAGACAGACGAGGGGGACGAUGAUGAAGAUUGCAACAAGGAUGAUGAUGAUGAUGAUCUUGAAGUGAAUGGUGAUGAUCGAAAGACAGUUGAAGAAAACAAAUAG